AUGAUCUGCGUAAAGUCUUGUCCAAAAACGUAUCUACGAGAUGAUGAUCAUUGUGUAUCAAAAUGUGCACGUUCAGGAUAUAUGGCAUAUCAAGGUGAAUGUAUACCUUGUCCAAAUUCUAUUUGUCCUAAAAUUUGUACAUUAAAUGAAAUUGAGUCAAUUAAAGGAAUUGAUUAUUUACAUCGUAAAUCACUUCAUGCUAUGGAAAAUUGUACAGUAUUUGAAGGUGAUAUAAAACUAUCAAUGCAAUCAUUUAUCGGUGAUCCAUUUUAUAAUUUGUCACAAGUUGAUGAAGGUGUCAAAUGGAAAGAUCUUGUUAUUGGUUUAUCCAAAUUAAAGUAUAUUACAGGAACACUUUAUAUUAGUGCUGGAUCACAUGCUCCAUGGAUGACUAAUUUAACAUUUCUAUCUAAUGUGAAAAUAAUUGGAGGAAUUAGUUCAAAUAUUCAACAAACUCGAACAGUCAAUAUAAAUCUUAAUCAUCAUUUAGAAUUUUUAGGUAUGAAAUCAUUACAAAAAUUAGGUCAUCCAAGUAUAUUAAUUACAGGGAAUCCACGUUUAUGUUAUGUGGAUACAAUUGAUUGGACAAGUUUAUUAUAUGAUGAAACAUUCAUAGAUGAAUAUCAUGAUAAAGAUAUAAAGAUUUCAAAAAUAGAUAAAACAUUCAAUAACCAUGACAAUAAUGAUUCAUUAACACAAAUUAUAUUACGUUAUAAGAAAGAAUCAAAAAGAAAACGACCAUUCAAAGAUUCAACUAUUUUUGUUGGUGGUAAUGCUCAUUUUGAAUUUUGUAAAGGACGUGGAGCUGUAUGUGAUGAAUUAUGUCAACCAUCUAAUGGAUGUUGGGGUCCAGGUAAACAAUUUUGUUUUCAUUGUAAAUAUUGGUCUAUUGAUAAUAUUAAUAAUGGAGGAAAAAUUUGUGUUCAAAAUUGUGAAGAUCUACCUGGUUACUAUACACCAAAAUUCAAUAAUACACCUAAUAACUCAGAGCAAAUAAUCAAUGAUGGAUUCAAUCUAAUGAAUGAUAUACAAAGUACUUCAAUGAUUGUUAUUAAUCAUGAACUAAACAAGUCUACUGAAUUCAUCAACAAGUAUCAACACAAUGAUAAAAAGAAUCAAGUGUCGGACUAUAAUGUUUCAUUAAGACAAUGUAGAAAAUGUUCAGAUAUGUGUCAUUUACAAAAUCAAACAUGUUAUGGUCCUAAUGAUGAUCAAUGUAUUGGUUCAUGUCGAUUUGUCCAAGAUGGUCCAUUUUGCAGAGCUUAUUGCCCACCUAAUAAAUAUACAGAUCCAAUAACUAAGAAAUGUAUGGAAUGUUCACUAGCAUGUACACCACCUGGUGAUAUAUAUAUAAAUAAUAAUUUACUGAAUCAAAAAAUUGAAACCAAAUUGAAAUAUUAUUGUACAGGAUCAGGAGAUUGGCCAGGUGAUGGUGGAUGUAGUUAUUGUAAACAAACAGUUUUAUAUUUAGAGCCAAAAAACUCUAAUCAUCAUUUAAAGUGUAUCAAUACUUGUCCAUAUGGUACUUAUCAACAUGUGAUUAACUUACAUCACAGAGGAGGUUCCAGUGUAGAUCAUCAAUCAAUAGUUUAUUUCAAUAUGAAAGAACAAAAUGAAAGAAUAUCAUCAAAAAAUAAUUCAAUUCAUCAAUUUUUCUGGAGUCAAACUGAUGUUAAUCUUUUUCAUCAUUUCUCAUCGAAAAUAAUUCAUGAAAUUUCUAUAUGGUUAUUAAAUCAUACUCAACCACAAUUGUAUGGUUUAGCACAAAUCUGUUUACCAUGUCAUGAACAAUGUCAUUCAGAAAUGAUUCCAUUAAGACAAUCAAAUUUAGUUGGAUCAUCUUCUGUUGCAUGUUAUGGACCUAGCCCAGAACAAUGUGUACGUUGUGUUUAUGCAAGUUAUCAAGGUCGUUGUGUUUCCACUUGUCCAUCAGGAACUUAUCCAAAAAAGAAAUCAUUUCGUCAUUUUGAUUCAACUUUAAUAAAUGAUUAUUUUAUUGGAUAUUUACCGGAUAAUAUUACAUCAAUUGAAUGUUUAUCAUGUCAUAAAGAAUGUGAAAUUGGUUGUAGUGGUCCAACAGCGGAAGAAUGUACACGUUGUCGACAUAUGAAAAUUUAUCAUGAUUCUCAAAUGAAAUCAUGGUUAUGCAACACUACCUGUCCUGAUUAUAGUCCAUUUCAAAUAUCUGAUAGAAAAACUGGUGAAAUGAUAUGUUCAAGUGAUUCUAUUCAUUUACAUAUUAUACCAUAUUAUAAUAGACAAUAUCCCAUUGAUCAUCAUCAUUAUCAUCAUCAUCAGAAUACUUCAAUAAUGAAUGAUCUUAAUUAUAAUUUAUCUGAUCCAAUCGAAAACCUUAAUCUUCUUCAAAAUGUUCAUAUUAUGAAUUAUAUUUGGCAUAAUCAUCAAUUAUCAACACAAACUGCUGGUCUUAUUUCAGCAUUAUCUGCAUUAUUUAUUAUGUUAUGUUUAUUAUGUUUAAUUAUUUAUUGGACUAUUCAUAUUCGAUCUAAAUAUAUAAGAAUGGAACAAGAUCUUAAUGAUGAUCAGGAUCAGGAUCAUGAUCAUGAUCAUGAUCAUGAUGAUAACGAUGAUAAUGAUAAUAAUAAUCAAUUAAAUCAAUCAUGUUUUAUAUCAUUACAUAAAAUUUGUAAAAAUUUUUGGACACAAGGUAAACCAAAAUUAAUAAAAAAGAAAAAAACAAAAAUAUCUACCAUAGCAACUAGAAAUGAUCGAUUUUUAUUCAAUAAUAAUAAUAAUAAUAAUAAUAAUAAUAAUACAUUGAUCAAUUAUUCAAAUAAUAAAUUAAUGAAAGAGAAAUUAUUUAAUCCAUUCAAUUGGAAUAAUUCAUUAAUACCAAUGAAUAGUAGUAUAUUAAUAGAUAAAGAUAAUAAAUGGAUAAAUCAUAUGGAUGAAGAAAUCUCACCUACUCAUUCAGAAUCUAUAAAACCAAACAUGGCAACAUUACGUAUCAUUACUGAAUCAGAAUUAAUACGUGGUCCAUUAAUUGGUUCUGGUGCAUUUGGUACAGUUUAUUGUGGUAUAUGGUGUCCAAAAUUGACUCAACAAAAACAUGAUCCUAUUCAUAAUGAUGCAUAUAAUACAAUAACAAAUUCCAUUAUAACAUCAACUUCAAAUGUAUUCAAUUCCAGAACAUUUGAUUGGAAUAAAUAUACCAAUGAUAUAGAAACUAUUCCAGGAGGAUUCAAUCUACAUAUUCCAGUAGCGAUUAAAGUCUUAUCAGAUUCAUCUGAUCCACAAACUAGUAAAGAACUAUUAGAAGAAGCAAAAGUUAUGGCAACUGUUGAUCAUCCAUGUUGUGUACGAUUUUUAGCUUUAUGUCUUACAUCUAAAUUACAAUUAAUUACACAAUAUUUACCAUUAGGUAGUUUAUUAGAAUUUGUUAAAAUACGUUGGGAUUUUAUUGAAGUCAAUUCAUUAUUUCAAUGGUCUGAACAAAUUGCUUCUGCUGCACGUAAUGUACUUGUUCAAUCCAAAGAUCAAGUACAAAUAACUGAUUUUGGUUUAGCUAAAUGUUUAGAUACAAUACAUAGUGAAUAUCAUGCUAGUGGAGGACGUAUGCCAAUUAAAUGGCUUGCAAUUGAAUGUAUACAAGAUAGAAUAUUUUCAAGUAAAUCAGAUGUUUGGUCAUAUGGUAUAACUUUAUGGGAAAUGUGUACAUUUGGGCAUCGACCAUAUGAAAAUAUUCAUGCAAGAGAUUUAUUAGAUUUUUUAGAGAAAGGAAAUCGUUUACCUCAACCAGAAACAACAAGUCUUGACUUUUAUUGUUUAAUGUUACAAUGUUGGCAAGCAGAUCCAAAUCUUAGACCAACAUUCAAAGAAUUAUGUUCAGCUUUAUGUGAAAUGAAAGCAACACCUAAUCGUUACUUAUUCAUAACGCCUGAACUUCGUAAAUAUAAUUUAACUAAUCAAAAUAUAACAAAAAAUGCAUUAGAAUUUUAA